AUGGAGCCAGAAACAGAGGACCAGGAGAGCACUGUCAUGGACGCUUGGUCAGUCUCUGAGUACGGCCACUCCUCUGACGACCUUUACAUCUCAGAGUCCCGGGAUGGAUCCUACUAUGAAGAAARGAAGAGUGAUACAGAGCUCCCCAUAGAUCCGCAGCACACCCACAUUAGACAGGCUGAGUCCCCCCAUUCUGUGGAGUCCCCUGAACCAUACAACAAGAAAGCCAUGGUGGAACAUCAGAGACCACCAUCGAACUACAGCCCGGAAGAACGUAGCCUGGUCAGGGGACUGAGCCCCAGCAGAAGCCAGGAGAUAGACACCUUAUCACAGGGGCCAGGUAGCGUCUACCCUGGGGAAUCCGUGGGCUCCGAUGCCGAAUCCUACCCAAGCACCCCUUCACCGACUCCCCYAAAGUCCCCACAAGCCCCCACCCCGAACCCCAACUUGUGUCAAAUAUCAAGGCAACGGUCCACCUCCUCUUCCUCCGUUGGCCAGAGUGAGAUGACCCUAACUCUGACCCAUGGGCAACCCAGGGGGGACGGCAGGAGGCUGGGCUCUGGGACGGGGGCCAGGGGGAAUGGGAAUGUUGAGUCUCUGGAGGAAGGAGGGCACAGCGAAGCACCUCCUGCUUAUCUAUCCUUUGGAAUUUCAGCGCAGGGUGCUGAGCAGGCAGAGCAGUGGGACUCUGCGUCUGAGAGAGAUCUCCCCAGUCCCAGCAGACACAGGGUGAGGCGCGCACGGCCCAGACAGAGCGAGAGCCAGUCAGACAGGCAGGUGAAGGAAGCCAAGUCUAAAUGUAAACGCAUUGCUUUGCUGUUGACCGAUGCACCAAAUCCCAGAAACAGAGGGGUGUUGAUGUUCAAGAAGCGUCGGCAAAGGGUUAAGAAGUAUACACUUGUCAGCUACGGGACAGGUCAGCACCAGUUUGACGACGAAAGCGGCAAAGACGUAGAAAGUGAAUACAGCAAAACGGUCAGGUUUACUUUGGCCACUAAUGAUUAUUCAGAACUUGAUGAAGACUACUCAGUGAAUGUACGAGACCGAGACGUCAAUUUAAACUGGGAGAACCUUGGAAUAGCCAACAUAUUUCACCACCUGGAAGAGAUGGAGCAACUGCCAGAGACAAAAGGCAAGGGCGUGGCAAUGUUUGUGCAGCGCCGCCAGAGGAUGGAUGAGAUUGCCUUAGAGCACGAGGAAAUGAGGCGCAAAUGCUUACCCGUCGAAGGUAUUGUAGAGCUUGAAGACACAGAAAUGUACAAGUCUUACAAGACAGAUGAAACUUAUGUGCAAUCCAAUCAAAUUCAAUACAGUGAAAGGCAUGCUGAUCAGAUCUACAUGGAUGCUCAUGGCAAUCAACAUCUGCAGUACAAAGAAAACCAACAGGAGAUGCAACAAUAUGCUCACAUGAUGAACAGUAUGCCCAACCUCCUAGCUAGUGCCAUACCAAAGCCUCUUGUGCCCAACAGAACAGCUAAGCCCUUCUUGGGAUCCCAAAACAGAGUGCCUGUCCCAUUUUCUCCUCUGAGUGGUGUCACUAGCCCAGUGAAGCAUCAUGAACUCAAAUUCAAGGUAUCAGUCCCUAUACACACAGUUCCACAGGUCUGGUCCCCAACUGGGGACUUCAUAGCUUCGCGUGACGAACGCAUAUCUAUACCAGCAAUCAAGACUGGCAACCUACCAGACUCAAAAAGAAGAGGUGCUAAUAGAGCGGCCUCUGAUCAACCCUCCAACGCAUAUAUUCAAAACAGAGGGGAAAGAAAAUCAUAUAUUGAGUCAGGCGAAGAGGAAGACUACUUUAGUCUUGGUGCUGAGGCAUGCAACUUUAUGCAACCCCGAACAGUCAAGCACAAGAAUCCCCCACCUGUUGCCCCAAAGCCUAGCAUCAACCCAGUCUGUCCACCAUGGUUGAAGGAGAGUCCCUCGAAUGUGCUACUUCACCUGGCAAGGAGUCCAAUCCCGGCAUCUUUCCCAAGUCCAGUGGGGKCUCCUCCUCAGCAAUACUUCAAACAACAAGACUGGCUUUYGCRUCAGCAAAYGGCGAACCCCCGKGAACCACCCCAAACUCAGKCACGACCACAGCCACCYAUGAACACCRGGGCACCAGCCAACUCAACAUCACCCUCUCAACUUCAUCCAACCAUGAAUAGCUGGAGUCCACAGCCACCGCGGUCCCCAGUGAGUAUUCAGGCCCCGAACCCAACUCACACGGCACCUCGCCAACCCACAGUCUCAAAGAAUAAGUCCCCAAAUCCUUCGGUGGCAUCUUGCCCACCCCAACGAGGGAGCUCUUACAGCCACGCAGCCAAGGCACCACCUACCUCUUCAAUGGGUCACAUCUCUGAGGGCCAUGUUAGUCCAGCCAUAAAUGGUCCAACUCUGAGGGGAAGAGGUGCCGAACUCUUUGCCAAGAGGCAGACCCGUAUGGAGAAGUUUGUGGUGGAUGCCGAAACAGUUCAGGCCAACAAAGCAAAGUCUCCUUCCCCCACCGCCUCCCUUCCAGGUGCUUGGAGAUACUCAUCCAACAUCCGAGCCCCACCUCCUUUAUCAUACAAUCCCCUUCAUGCUCCUUUCUACCCCCCUGCAGCAGCUAAACAGCCCUCUUCAACAAGUCCAAAAAUCAAGCCAAAGACCAAUGUGAAAACAAAACCACAACCCUCCAAGCACCUGGAUGCCCUAGAUGUCAUGAAACAUCAGCCCUAUCAGCUGGACUCAUCACUCUUUAGAUAUAACGUAGGCACUGAGGCUGAAGGCCUUAGCCCUAGCCUCAAAACGGCCCCCAUCCCAACCCCUGAGUCAAACCCACCCUUGAGCCCUAAACCUGCCCCUGUUGUCAGCCCUAGACCUGCCUUUGCCAUUUCUCCUUACUCUUACCCUGCCCAUGACCUUCCCCCAGCAAACCAACAAAGCAAGCCCAUAGCUCCUGCUAAGUCUACUAGAUCGGGACUUGGCAGAAGCUACUCUCUGUCCCUACCCAGACGGAUGUGCUCCAUGUCCUACAUGCCCUCGCAGUCAUCUAUGUCCCCUGUGACCACCCCUGUGUUCCAUCCAUCUCUCGGGAGGCAGACCUCCUGGCAGGAAAAAGCUGCCCUCAAGCCCCCCAGCCCUUGGGAGGCUGCCUCCCGGAGCACUCUGGGCCUGGUGGACGACGCCUUCCGAUUCCAGAACGUCCCUCAGUCCAUCGCCACUAACGUCAACUCCGCCGCCAACCGACGAUCUCUUCCGGAACCUCCGGACGAAUGGAAGCGCAAGGUGUCAUUGGACGCCCCCAGUGUCAGUGGUGGUUACUAUCAUGCUCCACCCCCAGCCAUGCAUACUAGGUCUAUGAGCAUGACCUCUGCCCCUGUCUAUGGGCCUCCCUUCAGACAGGCCCAGCCUCUGUGGUCAGCGGUGAGUGCUAUGGGUCGAGGCCCGGGCCACCCGAGUCAGUCCCUCUACGCUACCUUGCCACGCACAGCUAUGAGAAGGUAAUCUCGCACAGUCAUCUGUACAUCCUCAGCUAGAAUUCAAAAAUAUAAA